AGGAUGUACUUGGUGGCGGGGGGCAGGGGGCUGGCCGGCUGCGGGCACCUCCUGGUCUGGCUGCUGGGGCUGCUGCUGCUGCUGGCGCGCUCCGGCACCCGGGCGCUGGUCUGCCUGCCCUGCGACGAGUCCAAGUGCGAAGAGCCCAGGAGCUGCCCCGGGAGCAUCGUGCAGGGCGUUUGCGGCUGCUGCUACAUGUGCGCCCGCCAGAGGAACGAGAGCUGCGGCGGCGCCUACGGGCUCCACGGAGCCUGCGACCGGGGGCUGCGCUGUGUCAUCCGCCCCCCGCUCAAUGGCGACUCCAUCACCGAGUACGAAGUGGGCGUAUGCGAAGGAAGAAAUGGUCAGGAGAUUAACUUCUGAUACAAUUUUAUGUGUUUGAUUUGGGGAAUUCUGAAUGAGUUGGACUCAAAGAUGCAUCUUUGAACCCUGCCUCUUGGAGUGUAUAAUUUACUUAAGCCAGCCUCCCAUAAAUCUAAAAAGAACAAGCAACAUGAAAGAAGGCUAACUGCAGUGGAAACUGCUAUGCUCUGAGAAGGACUUUUGGAGGUUUCAACGAUUCUGACCCUUGUUUUGUUUCUUCUCGAUGUACUGCUGGUGAAGGAAAUGUGGAGCUGGGGGCUUGCACGGGAAUGGAGUGUUUUGGCACCAGUCUUCCAGUAUCACGGUAUAGAGUUAUUUUGGCAGUUUGUCGUGAGCUUUUCAUUCCUCUGAAAUGAUGCGAUCCCUCUUAGUUUGAUUCCUUCUGGUAAUACCCCGUGCACUUGGUAUUAGCCUCGAAGAUGCUUGGAAGUACUUGUUUCCGUGAUUAUAUCUCAAUUAGCGUUCUCUAGCAACACUUUUCAUUUAGCAGGACUGUUUUCAGUUGCCAAAACUGGGCGCUCAGCAUUUCUUUUUAUCUAAUCUUUUUAGAAUUCUAAAAGCAGCCUUCAAGUUGUAUUCUAAAUCCAUUAAACCAGAGUAAGAACAGGGGCUACCUGGCAUGAUACAGUGUUUGGAUUUACACAGAUACUGUCAAUCGUCUGUCUGAAAUUUCAAGUAUUUUCACUUGGCUACAAAAUUUAUGGAAAACGUAGGAUAAAUAACCUUUUUUUUUUCUUUUUAUAAAAUUAGAGGAGUCUUUAAAUGUCAGUAAUUACCUAGAAGGUGCAGACUCUUUUUUGUUAGUUUGCAAGAAACUUCUCAAUGGCUAGUCUUUCCCUCAGUUUCCAUUUUUAUUGAGAAAUUCACACACUGAAGCACGAUUAUUAUAACAGACGUGACUAGGAACUGAUAAAUUUUAAUCAUGUUGAAGUCUCUUUCGUUGCAAUUUUUGCACUAAAAUGACCCCUACUGGUUGUAUCUGUUAAUGAAAACUGUUUUUGAAAACUUAUUUAAUUGCCUACACUGAGAUAUCCUAUUGCAUGUUAUAGAUAUAUUAUCAUUACUAAUCUACCAGCUUUCGAGGACAUAAAUUAAAUACCAGUUACAUUGUU